AUGUCGUCAUUCGAGCCGGUUGUUGUCGUCGACGGCAAGGGCCACUUGCUGGGCCGUCUUGCCAGCAUUGUCGCCAAGCAGCUCCUCAACGGCCAAAAGGUCGUUGUUGUCCGCUGCGAGGCCCUCAACAUCUCUGGCGAGUUCUUCCGCGCCAAGCUCAAGUAUCACGCCUAUCUGCGAAAGAUGACCCGAUACAACCCCACCCGCGGUGGCCCCUUCCACUUCCGCGCUCCUUCCCGAAUCUUCUACAAGGCCGUCCGUGGCAUGAUCCCCCACAAGACCGCCCGAGGUGCCGCCGCCAUGGAGCGCCUCAAGGUCUUUGAGGGCGUCCCCCCUCCAUACGACACCAAGAAGAAGAUGGUUGUUCCCCAGGCCCUGCGCGUCCUUCGCCUGCAGCCUGGCCGCAAGUACUGCACUGUCGGUCGUCUAAGCCACGAGGUCGGCUGGAAGUACCAGGACGUUGUUGCUCGUUUGGAGGAGCGGAGAAAGGCCAAGGGGGCUGCUUACUACGAGCGCAAGAAGGUUGCCGCCAGACAAUUGUCUGACGCCAAGAAGAACGCCUCGGUCAAGGCCGAGACUGCAAAGGCUCUCGCGGCUUACGGCUACUAA